UUACAAUUAAGAAUGUCAUUCAGAUUACAAGUUACAGAUCCUGUAAAAGAUAAAAUAUCAAUCUUAUAAGUUGAUUAAACAAUAACUGUAUUAGACUUAAAAGCAUUAAUAGAAGUAGAAGUAAAUAUUUGUUAAAAUGUUAGCUCUAAAUAGCAGUGGCUAGAUAAUAAUUGAUUUAUGGAGGAAGAAUAUUGAAUGAUAAUGAUACUCUUUCAAAGUAUAAUAUGUAAAAUGAAGAUUUGGUUCUUGUUGAGAGAAAAUAAAAGCAGCAGAGAACUCCAUUAGAAUUAGAAGCAAUAAAAUUUAUUAAACACUUCCAAUAAAAUCCCCAUUCAUUGGAAGCUCUGAGAGUUAAAGAUCCAAAAUUGGCAGAAUCAAUAUAAAAUAAGAAAUUAGCAGGUGUAAUGGAAUUCAUCUAGCAAUAAGUAUAAAUUUAAUGGAUUUAGCAAUAAAAAAAAUUGUAAGAAUAAUAAGAAUACAUACGGAAGAUGUAAUAAUUAGAGUAGGAUCCUCUAAAUCCUGAAAAUUAAAAGAUAAUAGAAGAGAUGAUAAAUAAAAAAAACAUUGAAGAAAAUCGAGAAUAUGCAGAAGAAUAUAUUCCAGAAAGUUUUGGCACAGUUACUAUGUUGUAUAUAGAAUUAUCAAUUAAUCGUCAUCCUGUAUAAGCAUUUGUUGAUAGUGGGGCAUAAAGUACCAUAAUGUCUAAAGCUUGCGCAGAAAGAUGUGGAAUUAUGAGAUUAGUUGAUACUCGCUUUUAAGGUAUAGCUUAAGGAGUAGGUACAUAAAAAAUAAUAGGAAGAAUACAUGUAGUUGAAAUGUAAAUUCUAGAUUAAGUAAUCUAUUUAUAUUAUAAUUAGUUUCUACCGUGCUCUUUAACCAUUUUAGAUGGAGAUAGUAUUGAUUUUUUAUUUGGAUUAGAUAUGUUAAAAAGAUAUUAAGUAUAUUUAUAAGAUUAAUUUUAGUGCAAUAUUAAUUUGAAAGAUAAUUGUUUAAUAUUUCCAAAUGAAAAAUUGAGUGUGCAAUUUCUUCCAGAAGGUUAAAUUAAUAAAAGAAUAAGUAUUUAAUAAGAAUAGGAAAUUUUAAAAAGAUAAAAUAGUGACUCCAAAAUACAAGAAGAAUAGUUGAUAACAAAAUCAAAUAAUCCAUAAUAAUAAUAAUAACAAUAACCAUAGUAAUAGUAAUAAUAAUAAUAAUAAUAAUAAUAAUAAUAACCAUAGUAAUAAUAAUAAUAAUAGUAACCAUAUUAAUAAUAAUAACAAUAACCAAGCAUCAAUUCUAGAUAUCCAGAAUAAUCAAUUUAAGCAAUUAUCAAUAUUGGAGCUACAAGAGCAGAGGCAAUAACAGUAUUAGAUUAGACAUUUGGUAAUGUAGAAUUAGCAGCAUCUAUAAUUAUGUAGUAAAAAUAUGGUUUUAAUUGAU